UUGCGGGAAGGUCGGGGAGAAUGAUCUUGCGGGGAGCGACCGAUGCAGGGUGAGAAGGCAGGGGCACCUCAGCCUGCGUCCACCCCCAAAGCCUGGCAUCCGUUCCUGGACCAUGAGGGGUGAGGCUGAGGUCCCCUUGGUCAGGUGCUGAGUCAUGGGCACCCCCCAGGGUCCCUGCCUCCCUCCCUGGGUCCCCUCCUCCUGCCUCCCUCUGAGAAAUCCAUGACUCACUAGUCAUCUCAGGGAGGAGGAGCCCGUGAGGGCUGGAGGGGGUGUCCCGCCCCUGCCCGGCUCCUCACCGGCUGCUGCGCAGGAGAGGGGCCGGGCGCCUCCCCGCUCACUCCCUGGGCAGCGGCUUGGCAGGCGGGACCAAGACGGCAGGUCCAGCCUCGGAGGUCGACCCUGACGGGUGGCUCAACGGCUGGGUCCUCUACAGGACCCUCCACCUGGCACCAGGUGGUGACUUCUCAGGGUGACUUCUGGGGAUGACGAUGGCUACCUGGGUGCCGCUGCAGACGGCGCUGAUCCUACUGAGUGUGCUCUUCCUGGCUCGAGGUGCCCGUGGUGGCGGUCCCCGGGAGGACUUCCGCUUCUGCGGCCAGCGGAACCAGACCCAGGGGAGCAGCCUCCGCUAUGUGCAGGGGCAGGCGCUGCGCAUCUCCGUCACCAACUCUGAGGACGCCCUCGCCAUCCAUGCCCCCUUCCCUGCGGUCCCCGAGGCUUCCCGGGCCUUCCCGGAGCCCAGGGGCCUCUACCACUUCUGCCUCUACUGGACCCGCCACACCGGGAAGUUCCACCUGCGCUAUGGCAAGAACGACUUCUUGCUGAGCGACCGAGCCUCUGACCUCCUCUGCUUCCAGCAGCAGAGAGAGAGCCAGGCCCAGGGGCCCCUGCUGCUCGCCACCUCCGUCAGCUCCUGGUGGAGCCCCCAGAACACCAGCCUGCCGGCUGCCAAUGGCUUCACCUUCUCCUUCUACAAGCCCACCGAGAAGGCCUCGCCCAACGCCUCCCGGGACAUGUGUGACCUGAAGAGGGACCUGGGGCUGCUCAGCCAGCUGCUGAGGCGUCCCCUGAAGUCCUCCAGGAGGCCCUCGCCCACCCUCGCCAGCCAGCAGCUGCAGAGCCUGGAGUCCAAGCUGGCCUCCGUGCGGUUCCCCGGGGACACCGUGUCCUUCGAGGAGGACCGCGUCAACGCCACGGUGUGGAAGCUGCAGCCCAGCGCCAGCCUCCAGGACCUGCGCAUCCACUCCCGGCAGGAGGAGGAGCAGAGCCCGGUCCGGGAGUACUCGGUGCUGCUGCCGCGCGCCCUCCUCCAGCAGAGCAAAGGCCGCAGGGGGGAGGCCGAGAAGAGACUCCUGCUGGUGGACUUCAGCAGCCAGGCCCUGUUCCAGGACGAGAACUGCAGCCAGGUCUUGGGUGAGAAGGUGCUGGGCAUCGUGAUGCAGGACACCAAAGUCACCGGCCUCCCGGAGCCGGUGGUGCUCACCUUCCAGCACCAGCCGCAGCCGAAGAACGUGACCCUCCGAUGUGUAUUCUGGGUUGAAGACCCCACGAUGAGUAGCCCCGGGGGCUGGAGCAACGCUGGGUGCGAGACCAUCAGCAGGGAGACCCAGACGUCCUGCCUCUGCAACCACCUCACCUACUUCGCGGUGCUGAUGGUCUCCGCGCUGGAGGUGGGCGCCGCGCACAAGCACUACCUGACGCUCCUGUCCUACGUGGGCUGCGUGGUCUCCGCCCUGGCCUGCAUUCUCACCAUCGCCGCCUACCUCUGCUCCAGGAAGAAGCCCCGGGACUACACGGUCAAGGUGCACAUGAACCUGCUGCUGGCCGUCCUCCUGCUGGACGUGAGCUUCUUGCUCAGCGAGCCGGUGGCGCUGACGGGCUCCGAGGCGGGCUGCCGGGCCAGCGCCGUCUUCCUGCACUUCUCGCUCCUCGCCUGCCUCUCCUGGAUGGGCCUCGAGGGCUACAACCUCUACCGGCUCGUGGUCGAGGUCUUCGGCACCUACGUCCCUGGCUACCUGCUCAAGCUGAGCGUCGUGGGCUGGGGCUUCCCCAUCUUCCUGGUGACGUUGGUGGCACUGGUGGAUGUGAACAACUACGGCCCCAUCAUCCUGGCUGUGCACAGGACCCCAGCGAGUGUCAUCUACCCUUCCAUGUGCUGGAUCCGGGACUCCCUGGUCAGCUACGUCACCAACCUCGGCCUCUUCAGCCUGGUGUUCCUGUUCAACAUGGCCAUGCUGGGAACCAUGGUGGUGCAGAUCCUGCGACUGCGCCCACAUAAUCAAAAGUGGCCCCACGUACUGACACUGCUGGGCCUCAGUCUGGUCCUUGGCCUGCCCUGGGCCUUGGUCUUCUUCUCCUUUGCUUCUGGCACCUUCCAGCUUGUCAUUCUCUACCUCUUCAGCAUCCUCACCUCCUUUCAAGGCCUCCUCAUCUUCCUCUGGUACUGGGCCAUGCGGCUGCAGGCGCGGGGCGGCCCCUCCCCGCUGAAGAGCAGCUCGGACAGCGCCAGGCUCCCCAUCAGCUCCGGCAGCACCUCGUCCAGCCGCAUCUAGGCCGCCAGCCCACCGCCCAGCGAGGAGCAGACGGCCUCCGCUCACGCUGCCUCGGUCCCAGGCUGGACACAGCCCCUGCCAGCCAGGGCAGACCUAAGAAGGCCAAGGACCCUGGAGGAUGGCCUGUCACCACGGCAACCCGACAUCCACCUGGUCCUGGGGGCUACUCGGCUCCCAGGUUCAAACUUCAAAGGGCUCACUAUACUGCCACAGAGGCUGCAGGGCUGUCCCCGCAGCUGUCCCCAGCUGGGGCUGAAGCCUGGUCUUGCCUGUUCACCGAGGCCCGGUUCAUUGUUGGGAGGGACCUGCAGGCCCCAGGCUCAGGCCUGGGCUCAUGGAGGCCAGGUGCCUGCAUCCCAAGUCCUGGGCUCCUGCCCAGGACAAAGACAUGGCUGUAGCAACUCAGUCCCUGGUGGUCACCACAGCAGCCCUCUUUUCACCCCAGGGUGGCCAAUGGGUUGGGGCCGAGUGUGGAGCCGGAGCCCUGGAGGAGAGGCCUCCUCUCACCUACCUCUGAGCCCAAUCCUGCCUUUCCACCAGCCUCCAGCCCCCGCUCUACCUGUCCUCUCCAUGUGUCCCCAGUCCUCCGUCCACUGCCUGGUCCCCAGCUCCAGUGCUGUUAUUUUGGGAAGUGGCACCUGAGAGAGGCCUCGUGCCUGCGGAGAGCUUUUAUCCACUGCCCUGGCCUUGGCCUCUCGUCAACUCAGGCUGGGCAGAGAUGCAGCAGCUGGACCAAGUCUGUCUGUCCGUCUGCCUGGGCCUCCCUCUGAGUGGCCUCCACCUCGCUCACGCCCCAGAGGGCCCUGCCCUCCUGUGGCAGGAACCGUGGGACACAGCAGCCUCCGCUGCUUUCCAUCCCAGCACUCCCAGCAGCUGGACUGUCCUGCUCUGGGGACACUGGCCUGAGCCUGACACCUUCCUAAGGACUCACCUUAAACCCCUGCAAAUGACCGGAACACACAUCAUGUUGAUUCUGUCCAAUAAACAUGCACAGGUCCAUCGCUGGCCUAUGCUGGGCAGUAGGGGUCACAGAUGACCAGAUCUGGCCACCCACUCUCUCUGCAGAGUCUCAGCCUGGUAGGUGGAGCCCACGCUGACACUGAAGAGCUGCUGAAGACGUGGGUGCAGGUCAGGGGCCAGAGCUCCGACUGGCAAUCCAGGAGGACUCCCUGCGGGAGGCAGCGUCCCUCCUGUAUCUCGGUCUUAAAGAUGGGGGGUGUUCUUUGGUGUUUUUUUCAAGGAUGUUCUUUUUAAGUACCAAUUUGUGUGUCUUUUGAUAUUAAAAAGAAGUAUGUGUCUGUCGUAGAGAAUUUGGAAACUGUAGAAGACUAUCGAGAAGAAAAUAAAAAUCCGCUGUCUGUAUUGCCUAACAAACCAGCGCGGAGCCCUU